UUUUUUUUUCCUUUACUCCACUCGCUCACACACAAUCAUUAGAAGAUGGCAGAUCAUAUGGUUAUCGACGAAGAAUCUAACAUUCGUAGCCGUUUGGGUCAAACUAAUGAUGCACGUCCCAGCAAUAACAGAAUGGCGAUCGAUUCCUUUGAACCUGAACGAUCUGAAGAAGGAUGGGUUGUGAUUGUACGUGGUAUUCAUGAAGAAGCCGAUGAAGAUGCUCUGACUGAAAAGUUCUCUGAAUUUGGUACUAUUAAAGAUGUUCACAUCAACUUGGAUAGACGUACUGGUUAUGCAAAGGGUUACGCACUGAUCAAAUAUGAAACUCGAGGUGAAGCUCAAAUUGCAGUGGAUGAUGGCAACAACACCAAGUUCUUAGGUCAAACCAUUCAAGUCGAAUUUGCUUUUGUCAAGCCUCCAGUAUCAACAUCAAGGAAUGGUGGUCGUCGAUCAUACAAUCGUGGCCGUAGUGUUAGUCCUGCUUAGUUUUCCUUUUUAGUAUUUAUCUUUUUUUUUCUUCCCCUUCCCUUUUCCACUGUGUAUAUUUGAUGAACAUUACAGUUUCCUUCUUCCUUGCCUUCUUUUUUUUUUUUUUUGAUUAUCUUACUAUACCAAGAGUAUAUAAUAAAUGGAAUUAAACUUUACGUUAUCUGAUGCCUGCUUUUUGAAAUGAAUAGAGAAAUAUAUCUAUCGAUGGCCAACGAUACACAGCAUUCUAUAUAUGGUUCAAAGAAGAAAGAAAAAAAAAACAAA